CUGCUCAGCCAGUUACCAAGAUGGAAUUUGAAUUUGAGAGACGCAGGAUAACAAAGGAAGAUGUACGAGAGCUUAUAUACCGAGAGACUUUGGAAUACCAUCUGAAGAUGUUGCAGAGCCAACGGGUAUCAUGUAUCCAUGAGCAUGCGUGUCAUAUACUGAUAACACGAUACAGAAUACGGCUGAGGUUGCAGAUGAUCUAUCCAAAUGUUGCAUCAAAUAAGUUCAGAAACCACCCAUAGAUAGGAGAAGUGCUAUCCCUAUGACUCGGGUACCCUUACAAGCUCCUCAAAAUAUUCAAGGUGUUGCUGCAAGGCCCGGAAAAGUUGUAGGUUCAGUAAUGCGUUACAAUAACUGUGGGGUGGCAGUGACAGCAGAGACCGAUCAGGGGAGGGUGGUUAGGAAUCCAUCUGUUUCAGCUCAGUAUGCCGCUUCAAGCGGUUCAUAUCCUAGGAGAAAUCCAAGCUAUAAAAAUGAGAGGCCAGAUGAUGAUGGGAUUGAAGGUUCCAAUGGACUGCAGCCAAAGCCUCAAUACAUGGCUAGAAAAGUUGCUGCUGCUCAAGGCGGAGCUGGUGGUCAGUGGUAUUGAUUUUGGACAUGUUAAAUAUAUUUGGAUUACAACUAGUUUGUGCCAUGAAGCUCUGAUACCUGGGUUUCAUCUAAUCCUGUUCACCUGAACUUCAAAGGUUUGGAGUGGCAUAACCUUGACUUAUCAAACAAUGGUAGAGGUUGAGAAACUCAAGUCUAAAGAAAGUUUCUAUAUAGCACACGAUUUCUGAGAUCUUGCAAUGUGAAGUUUGGAAGGGUCCAAUUGAUGACUUGCACUCUAAUUACUAAUAACAGAGAAUAUGAAAGAUGUGAAAAGCCUUCAACUUGAAGGCUGAACAUUUGCAUGACUUCAUUGCAGAAUUAUUGUUACUUUUACCAUGACAAAAAUUAUGUAUUAUUGUUUUUAAAUUCUGAUUUUUAGGCAAAAUCAUAGUCUGUCUGUACUUUACUGAUUUUCACUGGUGCACUCAGCACUCUGCCAUCUCCCUGCAUGUUUUCUCUAUGGCCCGUGGUUCUUCUUAAGUUUGGACUUUGGAGUAUUGUGUAUGAAACAAAAUCUCAUCAAAAGAAUUAGUUCUACCGGAUUGUAAAUGUUUCCAACUCAAAUAUAAUUAC